AUGUCUGUCUAUCUCGUCACCCAGGCCACUGGUCAGCAAAGCCAAUGGGUCAUCAAGCACCUCCUCGAAGCUGGCCACCAGAUCCAUGCUGUCGUCCGCAAUAUCGAAAAGAUCCCAACCCUGCUUAACGACCCAAGCAUUGCUCUCUUCCAAGGAGAAAGCAAGAACCUCAAAGAUAUCUUCAAAGCUGCUCAGGGCUGUCAAGGCGCUUUUCUCAACACCGUUUCCUUCCCUGGCUUGGAGGUCCUUCAGGCCAAAACGAUCGUCAAAGCUUGCGAGAAAGCUGGCGUCAAGAACCUCAUCGCCGCUACCUCCAUUUGUACAAACCGAAAAGACUUAUGGGAUAACAGAGGUGCCAAAGCUAUCCCUCAUCUCCAUGAGUACUACACUUCUAAAUAUGAGGUCGAGAAUAUUGUUCGCACAGGAAAGUUCGAAUCAUACACUAUUCUCCGACCUGCACUUAUCCACUACGAUUUCUUUAUUCCAGGCGCCUAUAACAAUUUUCCCCGUCUCCCAUCAGAUGGCGAGAUCGACGAUCUUCUCACUGGUGGUGCCAAAUUCCCUUACACUGAUGCUCACGACGUGGGGAUGUACGCUGCUGCAGUCCUUCAGGAUCCUACCAGAUUCCGAGGCCAAGAAAUUGACCUUGGGAAUGAACUGUUCGACUUUGAGAAGAUCCGCGAUAUCCUGGUCAAGGUCAGCGGUAGAGAAGUCAGGGUUGUGAAGCGUACUCCUGAUGACGUGGAGAAGUUGGGUAUUGCUGUUCAUGGUCACAUGUUUCAGCAUUUUGCCAACCUGAAGCCUUUUGGCUUUAUUGAAGGAGGGGCCAGAGAAUUCCAGAAAAGGUUUGGUAUUCCCUUCACUCCACUUGAAGACGCGUUGCAAAGGGACAUGGUUAGGCUCAUGGAGUGUAUUCCAGCCAAGAAGGAGGUAUAA